UCCACGCUGAAGAGGGUUAGCACUUUGCGGACGAUGAGAGCCAGCAGAGAGGAUGCGGGUCGGGAUUUGGCGGCGGCGAGCUUCGCCUCCCCUUGGCUUGCAUCGACGAGCAAAGCACCUCGGCGGCGGCGGCGGCGUGGAGCAGUCCUGGACGGAGUUGUCAAUGGGCUUUGAUGGGCGACUUCGGAAUUGGAGAGCUGUACCAUAAGGCCCACUAGCCAAACCAGCCCACCAUAGCCCAUUACGCGGCAGCAUCCAUCCGUCGUCGUCACUCAGUCAGGACUCAGAAGCGCCUCGAACCGUCGCCUCUGCCGCACUAGACACCAGCAUCUGCCGCCCGGUAGGAGGAGGAGGAACCCGAUCCGAUCCGAAGAGCACGCGCACCGCGGUCGGCCAUGGCCGCAAGCGCGCACAGGUGUCGCGCAUGCAUGAAUGCAAGCCCGGCAGCCCCCGCGCCACGUGCCGGCACGCGCACUCCCCUCUCCGCCCCCUUUAACUCUCCACCGUCCCUCAAGCCCCCCGCCAUUGCUCUUGCUCUGCCACCAUCCUUCCUCCCACGAGUCUAGCUCUCUCCCACAUACAGCCAGCCAUGGCGGAUCGGCACGGCGGCGAGGGCUUAGCCCCGGUGCGGCUCUCCGGCGGGCGCCAUGGCCACACCUCUAACUACCACAACAACCGCCACAACAACACCUCCUCCUCCUCAGCCACAACGCCACUCCUCCACCGCCUCCUCCAAACAACCCACGGGCCGACAUCCACGCAGCUCGUGGGCUUCCUCACCCUGCUCCUCGCCGGGGCGGCCCUUCUGGUCCUGGCGGGCCUGACGGUCACGGGCGCCGUGGUGGGCCUCAUCUUCCUGGGCCCGAUCGCGCUCCUCACCAGCCCGAUCUGGGUCCCCUUCGCCGUGGCCGCCUUCCUCCUCGCCGCGGCCUUCCUCUCCGCCGUCGGCUUGGCCGUGGCCGCCAUGGCGGCCGCCACGUGGGCCUACAGGUACUUCACCGGUCGCCACCCCGUCGGCGCCGACCGCGUCGACUACGCCCGCAGCCGGAUCGCCGACACGGCCACGCAUGUCAAGGAUUACGCCAGGGAGUAUGGCGGGUACCUCCAUGGCCGCGCCAAGGACGCCGCCCCCGGCGCCUAAAUUACAUGUCCCCGUGUUCGUUUCGUGUUCAAGACAAGAUGUGUUCUUCGUUUUUUUUUUCCCUGUCCGGUUGCCCGGGUGUCGUUAAUCUCCCGGCCUGCUGUUUAUUAGUAUGCUUGUACGUAGAGGGUACUUAAUUAAUGUCAUGUUUUUCUUCUCUGAUUA